CCCAGACAUCGCAGGUUGACACAUCCUCCACCACAAAGACGCAUCUCUUCUACUCGUCUCUUCUUCUUCUUCGCUGGCACGCUGCUGCGGUGUAAAACAACAGCACGGAGGGAGCAGAAGCCAUAAGAUGAAGAAACGUUAUGUGGACGCGAACAGGCUACGGAAAAUGAAAAAACUGAAAAUAACGGAGAAGCUGUCUGAAAGUGCGUACACCUUCCUGAAGUUUAUGGUGAUGUGGACACUGGUGCUGCUGGCAGACUUCAUACUGGAAUUCAGACUGGAGUACCUGUGGCCCUGCUGGCUCUUCUUCGGGAGCGUCUACACCACUUUCCACUGCCAUGGGCUGGUUAUUUGUGUUGUUUUUGUGUGCGCUGCCUUCACUUUGGACAUCUUUUGCUUAAUUUUUGUACCAUUGCACUGGCUGUUCUUUGUGGCGAGCACCUAUGUAUUAUUCAAUUACAUAUGGCACACAGAAAAGGGCAUCUGUAUAUCCACAGUGUCCCUGUGGCUGCUGCUGGUUUACACAGAGGCAUCACUUCGACUUAAAGACCUGAAAACCUCUCAUGCCAAUCUGUCUCAUCUUUUUGCUGCGCACUGCAUUGGUUAUCCUGUGGUAUAUCUGGGGUUUGAUGCCACCUGCUACUUCACCAACAUUUUUAAGCUGCGCAUACAGAAAGCAGUGCAGAGUGAGAAUGACUUCCACAUGCACCUGCUGCAGCACUCCCUCCCUCCAGGCCUGCAGGUUUACCCCAAGACCGGCACAGAUGGCAGCAGCAAUUCAAAGUGGAAGAUAAAGCCUGAGUUCAGCCAGUACCAGUGUCAGUUGGUGGCUCAUGACGAGGCCCAUACCAUCGACUGCCUCCAGAUUCACAGUGAGGACAGAGCAGCAGAGCGGGGGUCGCAGGAGGUCAGGUCGUCUGACUCCAACCGGCGACCGCCUUCAUCCAAACCCAGUGUGGUCGAGUCCAGAGAUCAGCUCCACAGCGGGGCGGGAGGACCUGAACCCUCCAUGACCCCGGAUAAUCUACCUCAGGAGGAGCAGGGAAGCAAAGCCACGCGGCCAGCCAAGACCUCCUCGCCAAAGACCCGCAGAGGCAGCCCAAAUACUCCUUCACCACCUCCGGGCAGGACGGAGAAAAAACAGAGGUCCAGCUCAAAAACGGUCAGCCCCAACCGGGACAUGACGGACAGGAGCGCUGCAGCUGCUCAGAACCACCACAUGGAGCAGAUGAACAAGCUGGAGCAGGAGCUGAGGAGGCUGAAAGGCGAGUUGCAGACAAGCAGGCAGAGCGAACAGGAGCUGAGAAGUCACAUUUGUAAUCUGACAAACAGCGAACGGAGCCUAAGACCCGAGGUGUCCCUGCUCAGACAGUCCAACAUGCUGCUCCAGAGCAAGAUUCUGUGUCUGAGCAAAACCAAGCAGAGGGACAAACAGACCAGUGCGAUGCUGGAGAAGAAAACCAGAGCAGAGACAGAGGCCAGACUCUCCAUCGAGAAGCAUUUGGCUGAGCUUCAGGCGCAGAAACUGGAGGAGGCGGCGAGUACAGCACGGAGUCUAACAAACAGGCAGGAACACUCUGAAACCCAAAUGUUAAGGAAAAGAGUUAAAGAUCUAGAGACAGAGUACAAACAACUACAGCUGGAGUAUCAAGUGAAAGAGAGUCGUGUGGUAGAUCUAGAGAGUGAUGUUGAGGCUUUGGGAAAGUACCGCUGUGUGGAGAAAGAGACGGACAUGCUGCUGUCCACUCUGUCAGCCAUGCAGGAGAAAGCUCAGCAUCUGGAGUACAACCUGAGCGCUGAGACUCGCAUCAAACUGGACCUGUUCUCGGCUCUGGGAGACGCUCGCAGGCAGCUGGAAAUCGCUCAAGAUAAGCUGAUGAAGCAGGACAGGGAGAUCAGUGAGAUGAAGCAGAAGAUCGCCGAAGUGAUGGCGGUCAGUCCCGGGGUUUCCUACAUGGCCCCUCGGCCCCCGGUGCCGCAGUAUCUCACCAAACUCCUCACCUCCGAGCGUUACGUCCUGAAUCCACGAGCGCUCAUGUACCAGUGUCUGAAGAAGUAACGGACACCACGUCACCUGAUCGCACCUCCAGCGUCAAAUACAAAGUAGGAGGAGCUAAUGGAAACGAGCUACACGACAUCUUCUUCCAGCCAUGAGCGAAACAAGACGAGCCUCCACAAGCCGGAUGCCUUUUGCCGCACUGUUGGUGCUAAUGUUAUUCUGAACAUUUCCUGUUUCCUCCCACAUCGAGGGUGAGAAAUUUGGCAUCCGACGCCGAGCUGCAGAGGCCAAGUCAGGAUGCUCCAGUAAAAGCACAACAUUCCUGUACAUUAUGAUCAUCUGGUGCUGGAAAAAACAAGGGAAGGAAGGAGGAAAAUUAAAAAAAAAAAAAAAGUUUCUGGAAACCAAUUCAACCCAAAUGUUCUGCCCCGUUUGACUCUUCGGCCCAGAUGAGUUGAUAUUAACGAGGCGUUUACUGACAUCAGGUGAUUUCCAGACCUGUUGUCGGGUCAGUAAAGCUGAUUUUGGCAAGAUUUCAUUCAGUCUAAUUUUUUUUAAAGAUCUCUUGGCAAGAAUUUUGUCUUAAAAUGUUCAUAUGAAAGAGGUAAUCGGCGCAUAUUACGCAUAAAUCUCUCUGCUCUAUUUAUUAAGUUCCACUUGCAAGCGAAGAACGAUUCAUUUACAAUUGUCUCUCUUCAGAAUCGGCCAUGUUUGAAACUUUUCAGGCAAGUAUGCAAACACUAAACAUGUUAAUGUCUGUGCCUGUAAAUAGUGGAUUAGAAAUGUGAUUAUUGAGAAGUUCAGAUAAACCCUGUGGGCUCAGCAGAUUUUUUGUCAGAAGAUGCCACUUUGGAGUUUUUUUAGGGAACAGUUUGUGUGACGUUCGUGGACCUGAUUGAAUAACAGGUGACUCUCACAGCAAACUGAAGUGAAAGAAGUGAGAGGAAAUUGACACUGACUUUAGUGGCUCCAGAUUUUUUCCAUGAGCUCAAGCGGAGUUGUGAAUAACUUGGAAUGAUUUUGACCAAACCUGGUUUCUGAAUUUAAUUACUGUGCCUAUAUACAUUACUUUCAACUUGGGAAGUAAAACUCUAAAUUAAUGUUAAAGAGUAAUGUGUUUGAAUUGAAGUGCUAUGUACUGUUUUUGUAGUUUUUUUUUGUUUUUCGUUCUUUUUUUAAUCUCACGAUGUACAGAAUUGAAAAAUACCCACGCAGCUGAAAAACACUCAUGAAGUGGAUGUCGCCAUUUUGGUAGCUUUUUAUUUAGAGUGUGUUUCUAGGGUGUUUUAUAUCAAAAAAUAUUUUUUAGUCUUGCUGUACUUUUAUUAUACUGCUGUAAUUUUGUACGGCAUAAUGUGUUUGUCAGCAUGAAAUGUGUUUUAUCCAACUGUUAUUCGAGCACACAUUGUGACUUACGGUAUGUACAUGAAUAUAUUUGUACAAGGGCUACAAUUUCUUAAAAAUUUUGAUCAAAUGAUAAUUUCAAACACUGAUGCUCUAAGGAUUGAGAGCGUGUUCCCAGUGUAUGGAUCUAAAGGUUUUGUAUAAAUACUUGAAAUUUGUUGCA